AUGGCGACACCAGCAGUCACCAGCGCCGUCUCGUCCGACAAUCUCGAGAUCCCAUUGAUCGACUUCAACGCCUUCUUGACCGGCGACGCAGCGACCAAAACAUCCACUGCAAAGGCCAUCCUCUCCGGCUUCCAGACCUCGGGCUUCAUCUACCUCAAAAACCAUCCCAUCCCACCCAGCGAAGUUCGCCAGACAUUUGCCGAGUCGGCGAAAUUCUUCCAACGACCUCGCGAGCAGAAGGAUGCAAUGGCCUGGACCACGCCCGAAGCGAAUCGCGGCUACUCCGAGCCCGGACUGGAGAAAGUCGCGGACUACAUGGACCGAGACGAUGUGGCGAAGGCGCGAGAGGAAGAAGGGGCGGACUUGAAGGAAUCGUUCGAGAUUGGUCGCGAGUCGGAUCGCGAUUACGCCAAUCACUGGCCGGAUCAGUCUGACGAGGAAGGGAAGCGGUUCAAGGAGCACAUGGUGCAUUUCUUUGACCAGUGCAAGGAGGUGCAUAUGCAAGUCAUGCGAGCCAUUGCGUUGGGCAUGGGGCUGGAGGAGAAGUGGUUUGAUCCGUAUACUGACAAGGGAGACUGUACGUUGCGGCUGUUGCAUUAUCCCGAAGUCAAGUCGGAGGUGUUCAAACAGAAUCGCAAUCAAGUGAGAGCGGGAGCACAUUCGGACUACGGAAGCAUCACCCUGUUAUUCCAAGAUGCGUGCGGGGGAUUGCAAGUCAUGUCGCCCAAUGGCAAUUUCAUCGAUGCAACACCGAUUGCCGACACCAUUGUGGUGAAUGCGGGCGACCUGCUGGCGCGAUGGGCUAACGACACAAUCAAAAGCACGAAGCAUCGAGUCGUCGAGCCGCCGAGGCCGGCCGACGUGCAUCCGUCACGCUAUAGUAUUGCGUAUUUCUGCAAUCCGAAUUACGACAAGUUCAUCGAUGCCAUUCCUGGCACCUACGAUGGUGCGAAAGGAAGGAAGUAUGAAGGCGUCAACAGCUUCGAAUACCUCGUGCAGCGACUGACGGCUACGUAUUGA